AUGUCGACCUCGUCGCGCAGUCUCAGCUCCUCCCCCGAUGUCCUGGGUCCGCCAGGCGACGCUCAGUACCUCAUUUCCUCGCCAAUCAAGCCAUUCAACGGCCGCCAAAGCUUCAUGUCUCCAAUGGUCGGAAAAUUAGGUGCCAGGUCGCGAACUCCGGCCAAGCGAUCGCGGUCGCGCGUCAGUCUGAGUCCCGCAAAGAGCGCGCAUUCGAUCCAGUUCAACGAUGUCAUACUCCCCGGUUCGCCGACAAGGAAGUUCAACGGAGGUCGCCAGCGCUCUAUUUCCCCCGAAAAGCUUCUGCAGCAGGACGGAAAUGUGAGUCCGUGGCGCAUCCGACUCACACUCGAGGCAACACAGGACGAGGACGAGAACCACGGUAGCCCGUCGCGCAAGCGAAUCAAACCAUCGACCGUCACAACAAUGAUACCUUUGAAGGAUGAAAGGAGCCCGUUGACCGAGAAGACCCCCUUACGACGACGAGGUCGUCCACGCAAAUCGGAUAUGGCUAUCUCCCCUUUCCCAGACCUCCGAUACACACCACGCGCCGGGUAUACCCCUAGACCUGGAGACACGCCUGGCCCAGGACACACGCCGGGUCCAGGACACACACCGGGUCCAGGACACACACCAGGUCCUGGGCAUACACCGGGUCCUGGGCAUACACCAGGCCCGCGCGCUCAAGACUCACAACCACGAAAACGAGGUCGGCCAAGGAAGCAGGAAUUCCAGAUGGCCGAGGACCAACCGACCCCGACCGUGGAGCAUGUCGAGCCCUUCAGUCCGAUGGAUAUUGUUCCGAAUAGUGAUGCUGGUGUGGAUCAGCAAUUCAGUCCGAUGGACACCAUGGCCAGUGACACUGGCCUGGAGCAAGAACCCAGUCCCAUGAAUGAGGAUUUACACGAAGCUCCUUUGGGUCAGCAUGAUUACAGUCCCAUGAAUACUGCCCGCAGCGACACAAUACAGCGCGAAUCUUUCAGUCCCACUGACUCUUUCGCCGGGAGUAAUGCUCAUGCUAGUCCAAUCGACCUGGUUGGGGGUGCUGAUUCUGAGGACGAUUCCUGGGGCAACUCUGAAAUGUCUAUUGCGGACCUGCAUGACCCUACCGAGGCCAUUACCGAAACCAUUGAACAUAAUCGCCCUGAGUACGGUCGAACAAGCCUGGAAACUCCUGUCAUUGGAGCUACCGAGCAUCACUUCCUAGAUGAUGAAAACAUCCACUCUACUCCUUCCAAGAUGCCUUCGCCUACACGCGAAAGAGCUAUUCAAUCGUCCAGAUCCUCUCAGAAAACUACUAGCCCGCAAUCAGGCACCUAUCCAACCCCAACGCCUACCUCCUCGCUGGUAGAUGAGGAGAACGCAGCCCAGCAACAUGAUACUGAUCAGCAUUCGAGCACAAAUGCUCAGCAAGCUGAGCCGGAUUCGUUUGAGGAUCCUGAUGAUGAUCACGAAGAAUACGAAGAAUACGACACCAUUAUGGAAAGUGAAGGUUUCACUAUGAUUUCCCUCGACACACUUCCCUCGGCUAAGCAUGGCUUUGGCUCCAGUGCCCUGGCAAAUACUCUCCCAACGCAGAAAGAAGUUGGAGAUCGCCUGAAGCGCAAACUUCCCGGGACCAUUGAAGAUCUGCAAAUCAACUCUCGUGCCCGGAAGUCUGCCAGUCCCAUGACAACGAGCCUGGCCCCAGAAAGACACACCGCAGUCGAGACUUAUCGUACUGGCCAUCUCCCCGCUCAUGAAACUCGCCAAAAUACUGUCAAUUAUGUAAAUGACAUCACCUAUCCCGAGCUUCCCACCAUAUUCUCUCCCGUCAAGUCAACGAUUGUUCCAAAAAAGAGGACAUUCACCAGUCUAGCGAAACUUGUUCGGGUUGCUCUUGCUCUAAAAGGACCAUUCAGGCCCCAGGCAAACGAAUGGUCUGGCCACAAUAAUGCUCGACACAAACGACGACGCCUGGAGGGCAUGUUCAGCACGUUUGGAUCGGAAACACAACGAGAAUUGCGAGUAGCCAUGAGUCUUGGACAGGAAAUUGCCACUCGGCGAAUGUUAGCAGAGGAAGAAGAGGCCGCGGCGAUGGCGGCAGAACGUGCCGCAUCUCGUGCCGAAGAGCAAGCCGUUUAUGCUGAGCUUUCUGACGCUUCGGGUCAAUUCGAGCAAGAGCAAUCGCUGGAAGAGGAGUCCGAAGAGCACAUAUAUGAAAGUCCCGCCAGGCUUCAGCAACGGUCAUUCCAGUCGCCGGGCUCUACAUUCGGAAGCAUUCUGCAUCAGAGUCCAAUGUCCCAGCAACGACGACGGAGGGAGACUGAGUGGCAGCUCGAGCGAGAGGCAGUCAGCCGCCAGGCCGAGAUGGAGUCGAAUUCAAAUCCCGUGGUCUACAUCGAGAGUGAUAGCAGUGUUGCAGAAGAGGAAAUCGAUCAGCCGGAAGCUGGACUUGCGUAUGACGAUCAACCUCUGGCUGAACCGGAAGAGCCUGUGGACUUUGAACCUGAGAUCGCGUCAGAACCAGCAUCCCCCGUCGGCCCAGCGCCUGGCAUCGAACAACAGGAUGAGCAAGACGAUGACGGUGACGAUGACGAUGGCUAUGAUGAUAUUUGGCAGCUCGAGGCCAAUGACCACAGCUAUGCUCAUCACUCCGAGGAUGAAGAAAUGCAGACUGAGCCUCCAGCGCCACCAACACCUCUGGGAGGUCGGAAGAUUAAUACCAGCCGGGAGCAGUUGACUUCAUCCCCUGAUGUACCGCUAGAUCAUGAUCAAGAUCACGAUCACGUCGUACGCUAUGGUCCGUCGAAGGUACGCGAGCUCCGCGAGCAGCCUGUCGACCUAUCUGCCUUGCUGGCCGAGGAAGACACGCCAAAUCGCGCGCGAUACUACAACGGAACCAGCACUCCUCGAAGCGUGCUCAGCCGUCCAUUGGGGCCACAGGCUUCGCCGCUCAAGAGUUCCAUGAAGCAACCGGCAUCGCGUACUCCUGCACAGGUCAGAUUGCAGCCUCUUUCCCAAUCGAGCCCUGAAAUCCAAAGCCCCCAGAUGUCCUUUCAAGAAUGGGAAAAUUCUCCAGGUGACGCGCAUCAGGAUGAACCUGAUAGACAGCCUGUUGGAAACGGUUCUACCGGGGAUAUCAGCUCGCCUCAUAGUCAACCGGAACUGUUUCAGCCGGACGCUUCAUCUACUCCAGCCCCUCGCCAGACAAAGGAAGAGGCCCCUGGCUCUUCUUGGUACUCACGGAUUACCAGUCUCACUCCACAAUGGCUGAAAGCCCCCACUCGUGCUCGAAGCUCGAGCAUCACGACUAUCCCAGAAGAACAAUCCGACUCCGAACACGAAGAGGAGUUGGCUAGUGUUGAAUCUGCCAAAGAGCUCAGUGACCAUCUCCGUGACGAGCCCCUCUCUCGGGAAGCGAGCCAGUCGCCAGCGAAUCACUGGAAACAAACAACUCAGUCGCCCAAGAUCCCUCAAUCUCCCGAACCAAGGCAGUAUCUCCAGCCCACAACGGAAACCGAGGAACCGCCUGUAUACGAAAGAGAUGUGUCCGAAAGCAUUUUGGGCGAGUCCGAGAAACCGGCGUCUGAGCGGAGUGCUUCGCUGGAUGUCCCCGAAGAAGCUACAGAACCAGUCGCCCCUCAGGUCCAGGCGCCUUCCGGCCCACGACCACUUGCCACGUUUGGGUACUUCUCUGAUGAUCACUAUAUCGCCCUUCGCCGGGUUUACCGCAUUGCCAAGCGAUACCCCGAGCAGUUCGAAUACUACGAUACCCCAGGGCGGGCAGCCAUCAUCGGUGAUUGGAUCUGGACCUCAGAUGGUCAUCACGGGGUACCCAUUACUGAGAUUCAAUUUGCUAUCAUUGACCGGUUUGCCCAAGAGUUGUCCCGGGCUGACACCCAAUAUGGCGGCAGUGGACAGGUUGAUUGGACCGAAGCGGAUCUGCAUCGUCGAUUGAUCAGCAUCAUCAUUGGCGAGCAGAUCCGAGGAGAGCGAAAGGCCAAGGCUAACCGGGGAACUUCGGCGGAUACAUGGCGAUGA